AUGUCGUUCGCAAACACUGUUGUAAUUUUGGGUUUAUAUCUAUUUAAUUUUUGUAAAUGUAACGACUUGUACAGUGACAGAGUUUUAAGCUAUGACGAGGAAACAUUCAAGAAAAAUAUUGGUGGUAGUGUACCUCAUUUUGUGAACUUUUAUGCUCCUUGGUGUGGCUACUGCAAACGUUUGAAACCAGUAUGGGAUGAACUUGCCGAAAAGUAUAAUGUUGAUUCAACUGUUCAGAAACUUGCUAUUGCAAAGGUUGAUUGCACUUCUGAUACUCCAUUAUGUGUAGAAGAAAAUAUUUCUGGCUAUCCUUCACUUAUAUAUUAUCCAGCUAAUGAGAUGAAAGGUGAAAAAUAUCAAGGAAAACGAGACUUAACUGGACUAGAAGAUUUCAUUUAUAACCAUUUAGGCAGAAAAGAAAAACAGCCAAAAGUUUCAUCAUCCAAGUUGGCAUCCACUGCUGAAAGCGUUGCAUUCGUUCUUAAUGAUGAAAACUUUCACAAUACCAUUGACAAGGGACUGCAUUUUGUCAAAUUCUAUGCUCCUUGGUGUGGACAUUGUAUGAAAAUGGCACAUGCUUGGGAAGAACUGGCAGAAUUUUCUCAAAACGAUAAAUCUGUUACCAUUUCAAAAAUUGAUUGCCCUGCUAACAAAAAAUCUUGUGCAGAGUUUGAUAUUAAAGGAUUUCCUACACUGUUAUGGAUCGUUAACGGGAAAAAGAUCCAGAAGUAUCAAGGAGGAAGAAAUUUAAUGGAUUUUAAGAGAUUUAUUGCGGACAUGAAAGCUGCUCAUAAGGACGAAAUUGAGAGUGAAGAGGAAGAAAAAGUGCCAGAAGAGACAGAAAAAUCAGAUAAUAUAGUUGUUGAGCUCUCUGGUGCAAAUUUUGAUAGUGCCAUUGCUAAAGAUUUCAGCUUUGUUAAAUUUUACAUGCCUUGGUGUGGUCAUUCAAAAAGACUUGCACCGGUAUGGAAUGAGCUUGCUAAAAAAUUUGUUAGAAGUACUGAAAUCAAAAUUGCUGAAGUUGAUUGCAAUCAAGAUGAGGAGUUAUGUCAGAAAUAUAAAGUUGUAGGCUACCCAACAAUGCUCCUGUUUAGAAAUGGAGAACAUGUUACAGAGUAUGUAGGUCCUAGAAAACUAGAAGACUUACAUAAUUUUCUACAAGACUAUCUUGUACAUAGUGAGCUAUAAAACAAUUACAUCAAGCAUAAACGGUUAUCAAGUGAGGCAUAUGCUCAUCCUAUCAAGAAGUGCUCAUAUGAAAAGGAACAAACUGUCACCUUCAUCAUUCUACUCGAUUUCAACAAAGAGUCUACAUAAAGAUAUGACUGUAAGAACCUGAUAUUUUAAGCAGAACUUUUAAUACCUUAUGUUUUAAUGAAUCAAGCAGUUGAAUAU